UCGCUGAGAUGUUGAAUUUGGCAGGGGGACGACUGUAAUAUGUGCUGUCAUUUCUGAGUCGUCCGUUAUCUGAUCGGACGGUUGGCACGAACCUUCGGGCCCAAAUAGAUGACUCCUCGUAGCUGAGGUGGUCCGUCUUUUGAUGGCCAUGAACGCCGGCGGCCGCGUGGUCGCGCGGUGCGGCGGCGGCCUCCUCGGCCGUGCUCCCGCCUCCGCGCUGUGCACGGCGGCCACGACGCCUCAGCACAUCUCCCACUACCUCGCACACCAUCCGAGGGCGACCUGGGAGGCGCUCUCCGCCGCCUUCCCCGCCUCCGCCGCCGCGGCGCCCCACGGCCACGUCGACGCCGUUCUCCUCUCCCUCGCCAGGCACCCACACGCUUCCCCCGAGCCCGUCGCCAAGAACGCCCUCACCUUCUUUCACUGGUCCGCCGCCUCCGCCUCCUCCUCCGGCCCCUCGCCGUCGUCGUCCUCCCACUCUCUCCGCUCCUACUGCCUCCUCGUCCACCUCCUCUCCCGCGCCGCGCUCUUCCGCGACGCCUCCGUCAUCCUCGAGUCCGCCAUCUCCAAGCACUCCUCGUCCCCCGCUUCUUGCUUCCUCGGCGCCUUCUUCGCUGCCUACGAGGACAGCGGUACGGCCGCGACGACCCGCGGCCUCCACCUCCUGGUGCACGCAUACGCGCGGCUGCGACUCCCGGAGGAGGCCCUCGAGGCCUGCUGCUACCUCGCGCAGCGCGGCGUGCUUCCCUCCCUCUCCGCCUUCAACGCCGUGCUGCACGCGGCGCGGCGCGCCGGGGAGUUCCGUGUCGCCUGGGAGGUGUUCGAGCUUAUGACGCUGAAGCGGGUGUAUGCCAACCAGAGCACCGUCGAGCUUGUCGUCGGCGUCCUGAGCCGGGAAGGCAAGCUCGCCAGGAUGGCGGCGCUCGUGGGGAGGAUCCACGGCACAAAGUGCGCCCCAGGCGUGGUCGCGCACGUGGCACUCACGCUGAGGAUGAUCGAGGAAGCGAGGGUGGAGCAGACGAUCUUGCUGCUGAAGAGGAUGCUGCAGAGGAACAUUCUGCUCGACGACAUCGCUUACUCACUGAUCGUGCACGCCUAUUGCCGAAUUGGUGAUCUGAAGUCGGCAUCCGAGCAGCGUGACGACAUGGUUCGUCGAGGCUGUCGCCUUAACGCAUUCGUGUACACUUGCCUCAUCAGAGCUCAUUGUCACGAAGGCAGUGUUGACAAGGCCGUGCAGUUGCUCCAAGAAAUGAUAUCCAUGGGAUUGAAGCCAUAUGAUGCUACGUACAGUCAUCUCAUUGCUGGGUGUUUCAGACAAGGGAAGGUGGAGGAGGGCUUGGCGUACUUUGAAAGCAUGAUCCAUGAAGGUUUUGUGACCGAUAUCGACACUUGCAAUGAGAUGUUAGAGGCGCUCUGCGAUGCAGGAGAGGCCGGCAAGGCGAACGACCUGCUGACGGUAGUGAUGGCCAAUGGAAUUGUUCCUGUUCAGGAUACAUACCGGAGUCUGAUGGAUGGAUACGGCAAGGUUGGUGAUGCACAAGGUGUUGUCAAGAUCUACCAUGAGAUGGAGCACAGAGGGCUUAAUCCUGGUGUUGAAGGUUUUACCACCCUGGUCAGGACCCUUUGCCAGUGUGGAAAUCCAAGGGAAGCUGAGAAGUUUUUGACAGUGAUGGAGAAGAAAGCAGUGGCUCCAACUAGCGAAUUGUACGAUAUGUUGAUCAGUAGUUACUGUGAGAAGGGUAACACUGAGAGGGCACUUUGGUUGUACGAUAAGAUGAUGACGGGGAAUGAGAAGUUUGUCCCCUCUGCUGACACUUUUAUGAUGUUGGUGAGAAGAGUGAUCAAAGUCAAGAAUGCUUGUUCUCCUAAUAGCUCACCAUGUGAUCAUGAUCCUUGUUGACGAGGGGAACUGAUGGACAGAAAAGCUAGACAGUAUAGGAGCAAAGGGAAACAAAAAGAAGGUAUAGAAGGAAAAGUUUCCAUGCCGUUAACGUGUUAGAGGCUCGGUACUCCAUGUUUAAUGUAUGAGCUAGAAGUUGAAACUCA